CGCAAGCGCCAGACAGGUCGUCCCCGGAGAACGCCUAAGUACUACUAGUUGUCCUAGAUGUUGAGCUAGAAAACUUAUCAAUAGGAAAUUCAUCAGUCGGAGGUUAGCUGCAUCAAGAGUCCUCUCGAUCCUCCGCGAACCGUCUCAGAGCUUGACUUUCUUUGUUCUAGUUCCGUAUUAGAAGUUCCUUCCGUGUACAUUUAACGCGUUGGUUUGAAAAUUGUGAACAACUUAUUUUCACGAGUAGUGCCCUUCAGUAGUACGAAAGCAAUCGUCGCUCCUCGCGAUGGUGACCACGACAGGCGGCCACCCGUUCCCGGCCCCGAAAGGAGCGACGCAGCCCCGCAACGCGUCGGCAAUCAUAUCCGCAAUCGGUUACAACGACGAGGAGAACUACCAGGAGCAAACCGACACGGGGCCCCCGAUUGCGCAGGAGUUUGUGUUCCGGCCAAAGUCGGAAAUCCAGCGGCGGAUCGACGAGAGCCCGGCACGCAACGUGCAGCCAAGCAGCGGCCGUCUGCCCGGAAAUGGUAAUGGCCCGGAACAUCAAGGGGAGCAUGCGUUUUGGAACUACCGCGUACCGCGACAGGAUAUCCGCGCCGCGGCGCAGGUGCACACGAGUCGCCCGGAGAAGGUGCCCAUGCUGAACCUCGUCCGGGAGACGAAAACCCGGUUUACGCCCGAGAACGUCCUAGAAAUUGCCUAUAAGGGCGGCGGCAUGCUGCGCAGACCGCCUCCAAGUCCAGAUAGCAACCGCUGCUGCGGCCGGGCCUGUAUUUUGAUACGCAUAUACCUUAUUUCACAUAGACUUUUAUUGUUUUCUCAUUGUCUUGAUGUUGCGGGUGUACAGCUACUUUCUUGCUCCGUGCAGCUGCGUCGGCAUUUUUACUUCACAUGCGAAGUCGUGAUGUUGCAGGUGAUGUUGAAAACCUAGUACAACAAACGCAGUGGACUAUGUACAUGAAAAUGAGUAUUCUGUGAACCUCCCGCCUCACCGGAUGAUAGUGUUAUUUUUCGCAACAUGCAGAGCUGCCAUACUGGCUGCCCCCACGAGUAGUGCUAGGACGUCGACCUUGCUGCCAAAAUAAAUUUUUCCAGGUGACGGUUGGUUCGGGAGCCUUUUCGACGACUCCGAGGAGCAAAAGCACUACUAUCCGGUUGCGUCGGGCAAAUACGUGACCGAUAGCGACUUUCCGCCACUGUCCGUUGCUUUUCCAAGCAACCCAGACAUUACUCUGGAGGGCUAUCUGGAGCAGGUCUCGCCGGCCCUGCUGGUAAACCGAGAGGUGUAUCUCGUGCUGCUGCGCGACGGCCGGCUCUUCCAGUUCGCAAACUUGGAGCAUUUUCGGAAGGCAAGAGUCUUGCUGCUGCGCACGAUCCAGAGCGAGAACAAAAAUGAGGCAAGAAAGAACGAGGAAGCAGGUGGCGCAAAUGGUGGUGCGGGUACAGAGGAGUACUACAAGCAGUUGCAGCACCAGGCCGCGAUCAAAGCGGAGGCCAUUUAUCCGUUCGCGCCUCUUGGAAACUGCCGGGCGGUGCGGGGUCACUACCGGGGGACCAUUGAGUUGUUGGACUGGCGCGGCUAUGCUUUGAAAUACGUUUGGGUCGAGGAAAAAUGUCGCACAUUUGUGAUGGUAGCUCAGGGUGCUGAGCCAAAGAUUUGCACUGCAUGAACAGCAGAUCCAAAUGCUGUUCGUUUUUGAUCACGCUGAAGGGGGUGGAUUUCUCAUGCAGAAUGGGUAUGUCGCAAAAACAAAAUAAGCGAUGAUAUUAGGGCGUUUAUCCCAAACCAUACCUUGCAUGUCAUACAAAAGCCGCAUGACACGACUGCGGUUUCCUCUCAGACCCAGACAUGUUUACAAGGCAUAGCGGCUACGUAAUUGCGAUCUUUGCCUCUUCUAGCAAUGUCGCGGGUAAUGCCAAUCCGUCGGCUGAGGCCUGGUUGCAGGCAUUGGCAGAGUGCGAUGCGCUCAGCGGCAGGUGGAACCGCUGAGAGGAAGAUGUGUCAAUGCUUCAGAGCAGUAAUUUUGGUGCGGGAAAAAUCAUAUACGAAGUUUUUGUACAAUAGUCUACUUCCACAAUAGUUUUGCCAUGUGCAUAUGUUUAUCUCGAGGUAGUUGAUGUAUGAUCUACCAGCAAGCUGGUUGUAGCUGCUGUCAUCACUUCUACGAGUGCAAUCUCCCUCGGAGGCUGAUUCAUCAUUUAAAGCACUAGUACUACAUACAAGGACGAGCAAACUGGAUUAUGCGAGCGCAACACAACUUCGUCGAAGAAAAACAUCAGUUUCGUACUCUUCAC